AUGGAGGAUUUGGCAGAAAGGGUUGAGGGCGUGGAAUGUGGGCGGGAGUGCUUGGAUGUUUUGAGCAACGAGCGUCGCAAGCUGCCAAGGAGCGCGAAGUCCAAGUCGUCGAGUCGUCGAGCAGGCGGGCGACAGGACCACGGCAGGGCCCUCGCAGCAGCCAAGGCCGCAAGCCGGCUUGUUCGGAGGUUAUCGCUACGGCCAUGGGAAGAUGGGGGCAUGGGGACAUGGGGACAUGGCGGCAUAUAUGUGGACAAAGAGGGCAAGAUGCGACGAUGCAAAGACGAAGAGCUGAGCAGCCCUCGCCCCGACCAGACGACAGCAUGCGCAUAA